UGUGGACAGACCUUACGCUUACACCUUCUGCUGGUCUGGCCUUUACAAUCUUUUAUUCCCGUCAUAUUGAGGAGAGCAUCACAACCUUUGGCGCUGGGAUUCAAUCAUGAUUCUUACUUGUGAGUCUGCAACUGGCCCUACUAACAUCUGCAAUCAGCUAGGCAUCGUGAACACUUCCAAAACUAUCCUCCCACCACCCCCACGCCGACUAGUCGACGCCAUCGCCUGGCGGAUCCGAACCUUCGCUCGAAGCUUGCUAGCUAGAUUGCAUGAACCGUCCCGAUGCCGACACAAGCGCAGGUCCCUCAUCAUCUUGCGUGACAGCCUUCCCGAAUCCUACGCCGCUCGAUUUCGAAGCAAUCACCAACCCUUCCGAAUACACCCCAGAACUCUGCGAUCCGAAUAUAAAUUCCCUCGAAUGUGUGACCAUUAAUUCUUUACGUCCUGCUAGCAUAUCGAGGCACCCUGGAGCAGUUGCUUGUCAUUAUCGAACACCCAAUGCUUGCGGGACUUCUUGUGCAAUUAGGCUACCCAGAUUGGUACAACGUUUCGUCCGAGCCGAAGUUUGCAUUCC